CUCAUGCUUCGGAAAGGUUGAAUGUAGCCCAGUGCUGGGCAACUGAUGAGACAUAGGGUGUACCAUCCAAGCCAAACCGAAUCGAGACUUUCGGAAUCCUCCGUGCAAAAUUGAAAGUGCCUCUGCUGGUUUCGCUACUGCUUAAAUGUCUGGCAAGGUGACAGAUCCCUUUUGAAACACCAGUAGCCCUUUGUGUUACGUUGAAUCUGGCAAACAGGAACAUAUGCAGAUUGUGGAGGAAGGUCCCAAGCAAAGAUGAAAGGACUCAGCAAUCUUGUUUAUUGUGGCGUGAUCAGAAAGCAACCUUCCAGCCUGUUCACUGACUGUCACAUGAGUUCCUCAAGGAUAAUGGACCCUAAGAUGCGAGAGACCGAAGGCGAUGGAGAGGACAGUUCAGGAAAGAAAAAAUCAAAGUUCAAAUCUUUCAAAAAGUUUUUUGGCAAAAAGAAAAGGAAGGAGACAUCAUCUUCUGGGAGCAGCAAUCUGAAGUUGUUCCAGUCAACAAGUGAUGUCACAGCCUCUCAUGACAUGCACGUUAAUUAUGAUUCUGAAGAUGAACUUGAGACGCAUAAAGGCAUUAUGGGAAGCAGAGCUUUGUCACAUGAUAGUAUUUUCAUCCCUGAGACUGGGCAAGAGCCUGUAAGGCCAGUAAGAGUGUUUUCUCAAGAAAACGUUUCUGAUCGGAUUAGAGCAUUACAGUUGAAACUCCAACCUACCAUGAAAUUGGGACCUCCACCUCCAUUUGGACUUCAUGCAAAGCGAACAGAGGAUGCUGGCACCAGUUCUGAAGAUGAUGGAUUACCCAGAAGCCCUCCAGAAAUGUCUUUGCUCCAUGAAAACCUAAAUUCAGGCACAACAAGAUUCUCUGACUCUCACAAGCACCUUAGCUCUUUGAGUUUAGCUGGAACAGGCAGUGAAGAAGAAGAACAGGUUACAUUGGGUCCUUCUAGAUCUCACUCUGCAGACGGUCAGCUGUUCCCUAGGCAAGGAAAUGCUAAAACUGGAGCUCCCCAGAUAUCUGACAGUACCAUCUUGCCUGCAGCCAAUUUUGACACACCACCUGGGCUUUCCUCUUGCUUGGAUAAUUCUGCUGCUAAACACAAACUUUUAAUAAAACCCAGGAACCAGAGAUCCAGUAAAAUGAGAAGAUUUUCUCAGAGGACCCAGUCUGAAUCUCUGACUGAUUUGAGCUGUACCCCAGAAGAAGAAGAGGAUGAUGAAAAGGAGAUGCAGACAGACUUGCCAGAUGCUGUAUUCAAACCCAGCGAUCAAGAACUGCCAUGUGGCGCAGCUGCAGCGCAGGAGGUGGCUUCCUGGCCGAAGCCCAGAAUGCCUGAGGACCUUCCCCCUGCUUUGAGACCAGCAAUGACUCAGCCUGCUUCUGAGUCUGCUGUUGUACAGGAAGCCCUGCUACCAGGGAAUAAACCGGAGGGCUGCCAACCAACACUGGAAACAACGUGUGUGAAGUCUGAGUCCUCACUGAUGUUAGAAGGCAAAGACUCUGCAACUUCUUCCUACUCCAGUCCAGAAAGAGAUGUACAAAAGCAAGAAGGUUCCUUAGAAGCAUCCAAUCUGUUGUCUGGGGAUGUGAGUGAUGUGUCAAUCAAUAUUUUAAAUCAAGAAAAUAAGGAGCUUCCACCCAUGUUUUCAGUAAGUAAAAUACCAUCUAAAGAAGAUACUUUGAUUAGUAAGAAUAGUACUGUUUGUUUGGAAGGGUCAGAAGAAAAUAUACAGCAGGAUGAUCAGAUACCUGCCAAAAUGCCCUGUAAUAAACAGGCUAAGAAAGAGGUUGCUCUAUUGUCAGAGUCCAGCAAGCAAUUUUCCAUAGGUUCUUUCCAGCCCAUGGACUUGUUCCAUGUUUCACGUCCUGCUUCCUCAACACAGAUGGGAUCAUCUGCUUCCUGCUCUCUAGAGAAAACAAAGACUGCACAAGAGGCAGCUGCCUCUGGUAAGGAGAACAGUCAGUCACUGCUCCACAAGGAGGAACUUUUGAGGAAGAAAGCUGAAAAAGCAGCCAACGAACUCAAUGCCUUGAGAAAGUUUUCUGUCUCUUCUGCACGGGAGAGACCAAGGACCAGAAGCCUACACUUCCCAGAAAGAUCAGAGCUGGAAAACCCAUUAAAUACCGGAUUCUUCCUGUCCAAAGCAAAGGUCUCCUCAAGAAAUGAGAAGUGGAAAGAAGACUUGCAGAAGGGAUCAGAUCUGGAGGAGGAAAAAAGUAGCAAGAAAAAUCAGGCUUUGUUUCCAGAGUCCGACAUUGAGAACACAGGUCAACCUACAGAAAUUUUGGCUGGCUCUGUUUCUCCAGCUGUCGAUGUGGUGCCAGUGCCAAGUGAUUCUUCUGUGAUAUCUCACAAUCAGCCAAGCUGUGAAGAUAUAAGUCCUUUUCAAGUGAAACUUAGAUCCACCUCACUGUCCUUGAAAUAUAGAGACAACUUGUCACCAGAAUCAAAAGGGAUUAAAAGAUACAGUGCAGAGUUUAAUUUAGAAAAUGAGGGAUUGACUUCCUUUCUAAAAGGUGAUAAGGCACAGAUCAAAAAAACAGCCAAUACAAAUAUUGGUGAUUCUUUAAAUGAAAAGAUCAAACCCAAAGCAAAAUCCUCUGAACAGCUUAGUAGCAAACCUCCAUUGCCUAAAAAGCCAGCCUUGCAAAACAUAACCAUUCCAAAUUCUACUGUAAACAAGGAGAAGCAGGACAAAGCUAUUCACUCUCCUGAAUCCAGAAAUGAAGAUAGAGACUUGGAGCAAAAGUCAAAUCCUUGUAAAGUGCCCGAGAGAAGUGUGCCUUCCCCUGUGGCUGCUGGAGACUCUGGAAGAGAUCCUGACACUCCUGCAGAGCCAGCCUGGAUUUCCAUAGCAAGGCAAAAGCAGAGGGGCAUGCAGCAGGAGCAGGAACUCGACAGAGAAAAACUUGUGGCUCUGGAUGUUAAGUCAGGCACAGAGAAACAAAAUAAAGAGAAGGAACAAACAGAGGGGUCAUUGAAGCAGUCGUGGAGCAAACCUUCACACUUGGCACCUAAAACCACUUCUGAAGAACAGAGGAAAGAGACAAAGUCUGAAGUGAAGGAGACCCUGCUGAGAACCAAUUCACUGUCACAUGUCCCAGUAGCUCCGUCACCAGCCCUGGUGGAUAAAGAGGAAAUAAGCCACUUGAAGAAAGCCAGUAAUGCUGCUCCUGAUCAGCCGUCAUGGAUGGAACUGGCCAAAAAGAAGUCGCAGGCUUGGAGUGAUAUGCCACAGAUUAUAAAAUAGAACGAUGCAAACAAAUAGUAUCUUUCAUAAUUAAGUCAACUCCUUAACUGAACUUCUACAGACCAGCUAAUCACAGUGAAGAAUCUCUUGAUGCUGAAGAAGGGUUUUAUUAUACAGCUGUGGAGAAAGUGUGCAAUAGGUGCAGUCAAAAAGUUUACCUUCAACUUUGUAGCAAUCAGGAUUCCAAUGGCAAUGGAUUACUUAAAUUAUGCUAAGGACAUACUUACACUUUGGAAAAUAAAACUUUUGCCUUAUGUAUUUCCUGUGUUUUCUGCUUUUAAUGACGUUUGCAUCAAAACAGAAUCUUUGCUAAACUUUGCUGAAUUUCUGUUGUUGCUGGAAACUUCUAUUUGUUACGGUUUUCUCUGUUUACAUUUAUAAAUUGUGCACUAACAUCCUGAUUCUGUUGAUGUGUUUCACUGGAACCACCCAAUGCUCUUUCUGUCAAAGCUGUUUGGCCCAUGCAGGUAUUCAUGAAUAGCUGCUAGUGAGUACCCCAUUAAACUGUGUUGCUUGAGCUGCAUGUUUGCCUAGCUGAGCAAAGUGGUCCAGUUUCUGGGCUUAGAUUACAUUUCAUGAGGUGCAAAUAAGCACAUUUUAUGUGUGACCACAAAUAAAAAUUCCUCAGCUCCUUCUGUGAACAACCUCAGUUGCACAAUGUUUGCAAGCAGGCGAGCAGUAAGAAAACUGAACUGCAGUUGGAAGCUCAUCAAUGCAUUCACAGUUACUUUCCUACCUGAAUUUAUCUGGUUGCAACUAGUUUUGUUUUAUGUGAGAUCAUAAUUCCUAAUUAGGAGGAUAGUAUUAGUAGCAAUGGACAAUACGAAUUUAAUUAAAAAAUAAGAACUAAAAAGCCUUCACCUGGAGUCCAAACUGAAAUGCUGGGAAAAACUGAACUUCAAUGCAGUGUCAGCUUCACGUCACCCCCUACAUAAUCUUAAUUAUUCUCAUUAAAACCAGUAAUUUGUAGCAUGUCUGUACUUUACUGCCUUUAUAUAAAACUCUCACGCUCCUCAUCCUGAGUCUUCCCCACCAGUUUGGGACUCAUGCUCAUGAAGUCUCCUAGGCUCUUCACCUUCACCUGUUUAACAAGACUGACAAGAGAAAUCAUUGCUGAUGAUUGACUGAAGUCACUCUGAAUAUAUUUUAAGACCUCUGUGUGUGUUAAAGAAGAAAACAACAAACCCUGUUAGGGAAUUUCUUUGAAACUGAAUGCCCCACUGCUAAGGAAAGCGUUUCACUUUGAUAUGUAUGUGUGAAGUACUACCUUAGCACUGUGCUCCCUAGGUUUAUUUAUGUUUACAUUUGUGAUUUUGUUUUUCUUGUUGCAUUAACGUUCUUUUUGGAAAAAUGUAGGGAGGUUUUAGGAAACCUAUGAUUUCCUAACACCUGCAUUUGCAGUUUUGAAAUCUUGUCUUCUCUAAGGAGGCAGGGAGGAAAACCUGAGCUCCCUCAGUAAUGACAGCUGCAUUUUGUAAUGAAUAAAGAAACAGGGCAUUGGAACAUAUGAAUACCCAAGACACUGAUAACAGUUUUCAGACAGGUUGUCUUUUCAUUGUUGAAAAUAGGAGGAGGAAAAACAAGUUUUAUAUUUGUCAAAGCCUUUGGAUAAAGCCAGUCAGCCCACGUGGCUGAUGAAAUCAGGCUGCGUGGCGGCUGAAGGCCUGAUGCAGCCGUCAGAUGGACGUGCUCUAGCCCAUACCAAUUGCUGUCAGUGGUCUCAAUGCAAACGGGUUUCUGCCAGCUGUCCCAGGAUCUUCUCCUUUAUGCAGAUCACAAAAGACAGUGUGGGCAUACCCACUGAAAUCAGAACUGGCCAGGCAGCCCUCUGUUAAACAGAUCCACUACAAAAAUAGUAACUUAAUUACAGGACAUGCAACCUUGGGCUCAAUCACCCAAAGGUUUGAUGUGUAAACAACUUUCAUGUUACUCCCCAUGACCAAGCAUGCACAGUCCCUAAGCACAAGUGAUUUAUUAUUGGUAUUCAAAUCAUACUCCAAGACCUAGAGUAGAAAUGGGUACAUUUUUCAGAUACAAUAAAAAAAGUCCCUCUCUGUCCAAAACAUCCUUUCUGUAAUAAAUAAAUAAUUAGCAUAAAGUGUAAAUUUAAUUUAUGCUAU